UGACAAGAAUCCAGAAGUGCUUUCAAGUCGGAAGGUUAACGCGUCCGUACCCAGAUGUGACAUCACUUCCGUGAUAAACAACGUUAGUAGGAAGAAUAGGAGGUAACGUCAUGCCCAGGCUGGUGUUUUCGCUGUAUAUAUUACGUUGAAAAGACAUUUACCCAAGAGGAAGCAGGAUAAUUUAAAUACAAUAACAUUUUGUGGUGCGGAUGACAAAACGGAAUUUGUCUGAUCAGAGUUCAUUAGUUUGCCUGCUUCACUUUGAGGAAAGUAAACUUGCUUCACUGCCUUCAAGAUGAGCCGGGAUGCUACCAUCCACAGCUGGCCUGGCUCUUAUUACAUCAACAGUGAGAAGAGGUGGGAGAGCGGAACCCUGUCCCUCACCAGGACCAUGGUGCGCUUCAUCUCAAGCCAGAGCAAGGAGUGUCUCACCAGCUUCCGCCUGUCCAGUGUCAUGGAGAUGAAGAUGGAGUCAUCUAGUUUCAUCUUCAGCACCCUCACAGUGCUGGAGGAGGGAAACAUCAAGCACUGGUUUGGUUCUCUUAAGCCCAACCGGGUGGUGGUUAUUAACGUGCUUGAGCAUUUCUGGAGAGAGCGGCUUCUUUCACCCACCUCAGAGGCUCGGGGGGCCGAAGGCCGUCCUUCAAAGGGAAGGGAGCUGAUCAGCCUUGUGGCGGGAGCUCAGAGAAGACUGGAGGACACUGGCAGAGUCCUUAGCCACCAGGGAGAGCAGUUUGACAACACGAUGCAAGGAUUGGAGAAGAUUGACUCUGAUCUGGGUGUUGCUGAUAAACUUCUUUCAGAACUUGAGUCUCCAUCUUGGUGGCCUUUCGGCAAACUCCCCUGGAAGACUCAGCAGGAGGCCAAGGCUGAGGACGCCUCCAAGGCUGCAGCUGCCAUCUCCGCGGGCAAAGUGUCCAGCAGAAGCAAAGUGAUCGCGUGUAUCCCCGCAGUGGUGUCCAAAGGCGGAGACUCGGACUUGAAACCUGGUUGUUUGCUGGUGCUAGUGUCCUCGCUGGAGGUGCGAGACACCAACUGCCACCUCCUCCACCGAUUUGAACGCAACGAAAUCGACGAAAUUAGGGUGCACAGCCCCUACGAGAUCACAGUCAGGCAGCGGUUCAUAGGGAAACCAGAUAUAUGUUACAGGUUCCUGUCAGCCAAGAUGCCAGAGGCCAUGUCUGUGUUAGAGAUGCAGUACAAAAAGAAGAUAGAGUUUACAAGUGAAUACGUAGCCUUCAAAGCAACUCCGCUUUCAUCUCCUGACAAGGAAGGGACGAUCUGGAAUGACGCAGGUUUGAUGCAGAAGUGCCAAGACACAGAGCUCCCAGUGGAGGUCCCGGCAGGAGAGCUGUCCCAGCUGCAGGUGCAAACCCUCCAGCCGUCUGUCAGUCAGGCUGAGGCCCAGGAACUCAAGCAGAUGCUGAUGCAGCUAAAGAACCUUGCACUGGAGGCAGAGACAGAGCUAGAACGCCAGGACGAAGUCCUGGAUGUCCUGACAAGCUCAACAGACCGAGCCACCAUGAACAUUGGGAAGCACACAUGUCGCAUGAAAAGACUGCUGUAGAGGAAAGACUGUUGAAGAAAAAUAAGCAUGUCGCUUCAUGAUGUGGCUUAGAUGGCCUUCUGCUCAAAGAAAGCAUUAAAAACUGACACAUGGUUUUGAUAGUUCUUAAGAUUUAGUGCUACUUAAAAAUGUAACUGGAUGGAUCUCUAAUUUGUAGGGCGGUCCUGAGGUGUUCCCACAAGUCUAGUUUAAAUAUUACUUGCUGUGAAAAUAGAACUUUGGUUCUUCACUGCAAUUAGGCAACACAUACCGUAGAAGUUUGCAAUACUUCUUUAACAGAAAAUACUGUUUUAAGCUUUAUUUAUUUAGCUGCUUAAAAUGUAUUUUUUUUUUAAAGUAUGAGCUUCAGUUUGCCAAAUCAGUGUUUAGCAUUUUAAAAACAUCACCUCGAGCCACGUCAUCUCUUUUUUUUUAAGAUUCGAAAGGAUACAGUUCAUUUCUCUCUUCCCAGUGAUGCAUUUGUUCUAGAUAAUGUAUUGUAACAAUUCAAUUUUAUGUUUCUCAGGUUAUAUGUUUCACUUUUUUAAAAAAGAGUCUCUGUCUCUUUCUUA